UUUGUUUUCGAUAAAUUAGGCAUAUACUACACUCAAAAAAGGUAACGAUAUUAUAUUUUUUCUUUAAAAAUACACCAAAUACGAAUAGUAUAUGUUCACUGAUUUUGUAGGUUGGUAUUGCUUUUGUAAACAGUUGAAACAUACAUUUUCUGAUGGUACUUUGGCAAGUAUUGAAUGGGUUCUCUAUGUAUAUAUUUGUGAUAUUUCUUGGUAAAAAUUUACCUUUUUUCAUUUUUGUAAGCCAGUGAUAUCGUUAAUGAAGAUAUUUGAACAUUUAGGAAAUAUUGACAAAUCAAAGAAAUUUAUGUGCGCAUUAUGAAAAACAGGGGUACAUGAAAAUUUUAUAGCAUAUAAUGUUGAUUCUCAAUUUUGAAUUGCUGAAAUUAUAUAUUUCAUCGAUAAAUCUAGAUACCUACUAUGCACUACAUUUCAGACAAUAUAUACUACUAAAAAGAUGUAUGUUCAUAAACUAGUCUUGAAUAGCGUACAACUAACAUGUUAUGCUCGUAUCGAGACUAUUUAUCGACAAUUAUUUUUAGAUAUAUAACCCCAAGGUUGAUGGGUAGUUGCCUGGAGAACAAACUCAUUCUAUAUCUCUCUCUAUAUAUAUAUAGAUAUAGCUCAGUAGAGCAUGUCAGACCUGUCGAAAUUAGAUGAGAAUAUUCUAACUUUACAAACAAGAAAUUACUGAUGCUGCGACAUUCUCGAUAAAAUCUGACAGUAAUAUUGCUCUCCAUAUAGCAUCAAUUCGAAAGCUGCUGUCAAGGAUCCGAUCUGAUAAUAAUCGAUCACUUAUUUUAUCAAUGUGAUGAUGUUAUUCGGUAGAUAUCUAGAAAACGUCGACACCCUGUUCGAAGGAUACACACCACUGCAUUACGGAGUAACCCAGUCCGAAGAAGAACUGGUGAAAUAUUGUCUCAAGAGGAACGCAGACGUACACCAGCGGUAUUCAGACAACAAGACCCUUCUUCACGUGGCUGUAAUAACACAUAAUUACUCUAUGGCCUCCCUGCUAUUGGACUAUGGUACCGACAUUAACGCCACAAUGUCAGAUGGCAAUACAGCUCUUCAUCUAGCUGCCGUUAUCAACAACUCGGAAACUGCUGUCAAGGAUCUGAUAAAGUACAACGCGAAUGUCAACCUCCAAAUCGACCAAGGUGACACUCUUUUUAAUCGACUAGCCCAGCAGCAUUACUUCAAAUACGAAGUGUUUGAACUCUUGGUGAAGAGCGGAUGCGACGUCAACAUAAAACUGACUACUAUGGUUUCACCCCCACAAGAUUUCCUACAAUUUUAAGUUCGAAGAAUACGACAAGAGGUUUAGGAAAUCAUGUAAGAAUUUCGUUAGGCUUUUGUUGAGAAGAGGCGCAACUGUCUUUGCCUUGACCCAUUAUAACGAUACUGUCUUAGACACAGCCUUGAGGAGCAAAAGGUUAGAAUUAGCUGAGAUUCUCAUCAAACAUAAAACCCCAAAGUUGAUGGGUAGGUAUCAGGAGAACGAUAUCAUGUUGUAUUCUUUUGAGGGACACCCCAAGUUCAGAAGCCUAGCACAAAAAUGCGUGACUGAGUUGUCAAAAUCAGAUGAAAAUAUUCUAGGUACUAAUUUUACUUACAGGGAUCUAGUCGUAAAUUAUAGAAAAAUGGUCAAGAGCGCAACAAACAACUAUGUCGCGGAUCAAAUCAGGCUUAUCAUGAAUAAAAGAAGUCGUCUAUACGAGGACGAAUAGAUGGAGGAAUGCGUAAAGGUUCUCAACGUGGCGGAAUUGUUGAAUUCUGGAAUAUAUCACAUGUUAUGAUGGCGCGUACACCUUUAGACCAAUACCGAAACCCAAAAAAAUUAGUACUAGACGAAAUUAUUCUAGAACUUAUUACUAUUCGCGAGGAGGAAAUCACAAUUUUGUUUUCGAUAAAUGAAGCAUAUACUACACUCAAAAAAGGUAGCGUAUGCGUACAUCA